GCGCCCCGCAGCGGUGUGAUCAGUGAUCAGUGCGGGUGUUGUCAGGAGGAAGUGCGGGGUUUCUCCGGGCUCGGUCGCGUGCUUCUGGUCGUGUGGAUGAUGCGUGAGUAGCGCGCGGAGGUCGCCAUGUUCCCCGGGGUGGUGUACGCCCUGCUGGCGGGGUUCCUCGGCGCCGUGGCCUCGUCCUCCGCCAAGCUGUCCCUCGGCACGGAUUAUCUGAAGGGCGUGUGUGAGACGGGGCUGAGGACGUGGGGAGAACAGAGGACAUUCAGACACGCCGAUGAGACCACCGCGUGCGAGUGGCUGCACAUCCCCCUGCGUUUGCUCUGUGGCGGACUGCUCUUCACCUGCAAUGCUGUGAUGUGGACGUUCCUGUCAAAGGCCCUCAGGUACUCUUCAUCCUCGACCCGAACCACUGUGACCACCACCGCCUCCAACUUCAUCUCCUCUGCGCUCCUCGGGCAGCUGAUCUUUGGGGACAGCCUUGUCGCUCUGUGGUGGGUCGGGGUCUCGCUCACACUCUCGGGUCUCCUGGUGCUACAACGCUCUUCCUCCACCAAUACAUACUCCGAGACCUCUAAAAAGGACGAACGAGACGACGUGAACUGAAGACACACGCGUCACGACGAGCAGCAGCCGCUUUCAAAGAUUUAAAAGUGCUGUGACCAAAAGUAAUCAAACUAGAUAUGAGAGCUAAAAACAAUACAGCCAAAAAAUACUAAUGUGGCUAGCAAAAAAAAAAAAAAAAAGAAAGUGAAGAUGACAAAGCACAAAAAGAAUUUAGAAAAAAGUCUAAAGUAGAAUUUAGAAACUUUGCUAUGGUUUAAAACUAGCAAAGGAUUUACUCAUAGCUCCAUUAAUUACUCUUGGUUUAUUUGUGAUGUGAUGAUUUAAAGGCAUAAUCCUCAGUGAAAUUGCUGAUAUUGCUAAUAACGAAUGAAAUUUUUUGCAUGGAUCCUACCUGCUAGCUUGUCACGUUAGUAUUGUGGCUAGAUAUUGUAACAAGGGCAGCCUGAAAACUAGCCAUGUGCUAAUCAUUAGUUAUACAAAAUGUCACUAUAUUUAAUGCAGACAGUGUUUUUUUUUUUUUUAAUAUAGUCACUAGUCCAGAAGCGGCUGGCUAUGUAGGGUCCUUAUUUAGGACACGUUUAAAGGAGCAUCAUCCGUGUCCUUCUUGGAGAAAGUCACACCAUGAUCCUGUUGGAGGAUGUUGUUUACAGAAAGGCCAUCUUAAGUUCUCUCAGCCUUUGUGGAUAUAUUUAUGAACAAGAAGCACAGGAAGAUCCCCGUGCUUAUGGACGCUUGGGAUUAUUUUGGAGGACGGAACAGGAAGAUGUCCUGAUGUGAGACUUCUCAACCAUCACAGAUCCUUCCAGAGUUUUUUUUUUUUUUUUAAUUAUUAUUAACCAUUAUAAACACCUCGUUGUAGAGUGAGUAUCCUCACGAUAUCUCCGUGACAGGAGCUUGUGUGAGUAUUGGGUCAUACCAAAGACUUAAAUGCUGGAUCUUCUGGUGUGGGAUGAUGGAGCGAUGAAAGCUUAAGUCUUAAAACAGAUUCAAGAUUAAUGGAGGAAAGCAAAGAAAGAAAAGAAGAUGACACUACGUUCAUGUCUGCUCAGCGUUUUUUUGAUUUAGUUCCAAAUAGAAACGAAAGUAGCUUUAGUAUAUAGCAUCUAAAGCUAAACACAAAGCUAAACGUAAGCUAGUUAAACACAAAUUAUCAUCAAAUCAUACUGUACUAGCUGUGUACACUCACCAGAAGCACCAAUAAUCUCUGCUACUUCCUUCCAAGCUUUAUUUUUCUUCAUAAUGUCGUAUAUGACAGGAUAAGAUGAGAUUUUUCCUUAAUUUUGCAUCAAACUGUAAAAGGGAACUAAUUGCAGAUAAGAACUAAAGUUGUGAGCAGGGAACGUAAGAAACAUCGAACGACGCGCACCAUAGGACUGAUCCUAGGAAUUCUUCGUGCGAAUUGUUCGGAUUUGUCGCCUCUUUACAGCGUCGUAGCUAAUUUGUGUAUAAUUGAGAGAAUCUCUUUAAAUAACGCUUUGUUUUUACACACAGACGUGGAAAAUAAAUAAACAAGCAUGCUAGCUACUUUGAACUUGGGGUAAGAGAGAAGAAUCGAAGCUGCUGAUUGGUCCGCCGAUUGUGACAUCAGCACAAUCAGUGUUGGUGUGUUUCAAAGGGAAAGUUUCCCACUUCAAUUAGAAAUCAUUUAAACAGCAUAAAGUUUAUUUAAAAAAAACAACAACAAUGUGCUAAACAUUAACAGCAUUUGUAAUAGAUAUUUAGAUAUUUAAUCGCUUUUAACGAUGGAAUCAUGGAUCAUUUACUUUUUCCGUAAUGUGUGAUGUAUUUUCCGAGUGAAACAGGUUCAGGAUUUUCACUCAGUGAUGAUUCAUGGUUGGAGAAGGUGGAAGUGAAACUGUCCAUGAUGUUAUUACGAUAUUAUUUUCUCCACCCACAUGUGCAUGAUGUCAUCACGCUGAGAUCCGUUGCACCUCCUCUGCCUUUAUCCACAGUAGGAAAUUGUGACCUAGAAACAGCUGUAGAGGGAUUAGAUGCCUUUUUUCGGCUGUAUAAUAACAGAGCAGAGCAUCAUGUGAUGAACGCUGAGUCUCUUCUUCAUCUCUUCCGCAGACACGUCACUGUGAUCAGAGAGCCGCACUGAUGCAAUAACAGCUAGCACAACAUCAAGCUUAAUCUCUGCACAAAGCCGUUUCACAUUGUGCGCCUUCCGUCGCUGAUAUCUGAUGUCGCUCGGAUAGAAACGGAAAAUCCUGAAAAAGUGCUUUCAGGAAUGUAGCGACAAAGUGCACAAUUUGUACCUAAACAACCAAAUCCAGAACUUCCAGAACCUCCUUCAUUCAUAGACAGUAUACAUAGAUAACAUAAAAGUGUUAAUGCUAACAAGAAAUGAAAGAUAGCAAGACAGAACCAUGUGAACUGCUCACUCGCUAGCGACAAAAAGUAAAGAAUUUAUAAAACAUAAUCUCAUUUAAAGAAAUCCUUCAAAAUUGCUGAACAAAUGGAAGAUAGCAAGGUGCAACCAUUGCCAGGAUUAGCAUGGUCAAAUAGCCAAAACUGGCAAUGCUAAUUGCUAUUGCAUAUGGCUAACAACAAAAACAAGAUGGUGGCAAGCCAGAAACAUGCUAACUGCUCAGAUUUUAAGUACAAGCUACUAAAAGUGCUGAAUGCAGCAUUUGUAAAACUUCAGAUAUAAUAAAAUUGCUAAUGUAAUGAAUACAAUGAAUUGAAGAUAGCAAUGCUAUCUAGCAAUGACCAUGCUAAUUCCCAGGAUUAGCAUUUCAGCAAACUGUUUUUGUUUUUUGUUUUUUUGCUGAGCUAACUCAUCCUUUACUGGAUGUACAGUGAAGACUUACAGAUAGAAAAUAACUUUUUUCUUAGUAGAGAAUAAAGAGUAGUUAGUAGACUUAAUUAAACAUUCUGCAAAUAAGCUAACAGUUGACAGUGAAGGAAAAAAUAACAGGAAAGAUUAGCAUUAUAGCGUCUUUAGUUUUAUUUUGAUCAAAAAAAAAAAAAAAGAGUUUAAUGGUUGCAGGAAUAGAAUGCAACAUGCUAAUAAAAUGCUAAAGACUAAUGAGAGAAAAUAGCUUGAAUUUCGUGCAAACGUUUAAUUAAAUUAGGAAUAAGUAUAAUCUGUAAAACCUGAUAUUAUAUUUAAAAGUCAAAUUCAGUCAAAUUGCUAACAGAUAAAUGUUAGCAUUGCUUCUAUUCCUGUUUGAAUUGCCCAUGUGUCCUAGCAGCGAAUCGCUAACAGUGAAUGGUAGAUAAAGCGACUAUGCUAACUGCUAGAUUAGCGUGUAAGUUUACUAGUUGGUCAUUUCAUGGAUUAACUUUCUUCUCUGCAGCUUUUAUUAUCUCGUAGCAAAACUCAAACACAAUGCGUUUACACUCGCUGUGAAUCUCCAGUGCUUCCUACGUCCAGUUUAUUGGAAUUCUCAAAGGAGAAUAAACGAUCGAAACUGACUAUCUGGGAAAUCCAUGCUGGAUGCCUUAUUUUUGAUUUUUUUGUUUUUAAUCACCAAAUCCAAAGUCAUGUGUACGUUUAUAAUUUUCCAUGCAAGUCCCUGGCAAUGUGAGUUAUUUCUAUUAACGUUACUUCAAUCUGAGAUGCUGAUGUUUGUUAUUUCUGUUGUUUUUCACCGUCUUGAGCUAAAGUUAUGGAUGUUAAACAUCGGCAGCUGCAGGAUCAGCUAACGUUACGGGGGAAAAAACACCAGUUCCCGAAGUUAAUUUUGCAGUGGUUAUACCACUGGUAAAGAUUUAUUGUCAAAUCGUUACAUGGCUAGUUAUACUGCGUUAUCUUUAUCGUGUUAAUGCUAUAGGUAUGCGAUAAAAAGAUAUAUAUGACGUGAAUAGAUUAGCUAAUAAUCCUAAUGUAGAAAUGAGCAUUUAGCAUGAGGUUUAUUCAUAUUUAUCCAGUGACUUGACACACAGUUCAAUGUGUCUGUUUUUUAUACUGAUGUUCAGCUCAGUGUCAUGUAUUAAAUUUAAUGUAGGCAUGUGCUGGUUAUACAAUAUACUGCAAUUUUUAAUAUAUUAGAGUAGUUUUAUUGGACAUAUGAAAAUGUUGUUGGAUUCCAUCUGAAAGGAGGCUGAGUAGCAUACGGCCUCCUCCGAAAGUAUUGGAACGGCAAGGCCCGUUAUUUUGUUUUUGCUAUACAGAAGCCAUUUGGGUUUGAGAUCAGAAGAUAAAUAUGAGAUGAUAGAUGAGAAUUUCAGCUUUCAUUUCCUCAUAUUUAUGUCUAGAUGUGUUAAAUCUAGGUGUUACAUGAUGACGCAUCUAAAUGUUGGACUACUGAUCAGAGGGUCAUGAGUUCACAUCCCAGCACCACCAAGAUGCCACUGCUAGGCCCUUAACCCUCAGCUGCUCUGUUGUAUAAAUGAGAUAAAUGUAAGUCGCUCUGGAUAAGGGCGUAUGCCAUAAAUGUGAAUGUUAAACAACUUAGAACAUGGCACCUUUGGUAGCAGACCGCCCAAUUUUCAAGUGAUCAAAAGUAUUGGAACAUUAAUAUUUGGUUGCAUAUCUCUUGCUCGCAAUAACUGCACCAAGCCGGUGACCUACUGACAUCACCAAACUGUUGCGUUCUUCAUUUGUGAUGCUUUUCCAGGCUUGUAGCGCAGCUUCUUUCAGUUGUUGUUUGUUUUGGGGGUUUCUCCCUUCAGUUUCCUCUUCAGGAGGUGAAAUGCUGCUCAGCUGGGUUAAGGUCCGUUGAUGGACUUGGACAGUCUAAAACCUUCCACUUUUUUCCUGAUGAAGUGCUUUGUUGUGUUGCAGUGUGUUUUGGGUCGUUGUCUUGCUGCAUGAUGAAGUUCCUCCCAAUUAGAUUGGAUGCAUUUCUCUGUACAUUGUCAGACAGAAUGUUUCUGUAGGUUUCUGAAUUCAUUCUGCUGCUACAUCAUGAGCUCCAUCAUCAGUAAAGAUUAGUGAGUCUGUUCCAGAAGCAGCCAUGCAAGCCCAAGCCAUGACACUACCUCCACCGUGCUUCACCCAUGAGCUCAUAUGUUUUGGAUCAUGAACAGAUCCUUUCUUUCUCCACACUUUGGUCUUUCCAUCACUUUGGUAGAGGUUCAUCUUGGUUCCUGAACUUUUGUGGCUCAUCUCUGUAUUUCUCUGUGAAUUCCAGUCUGGCCUUCUGACUCUUACUGCUGAUGAGAGCUUUGCAUCUUGUGGUGUGGCCUCUACAUUUCUGCUCUUGAAGUCUUCUUCAAAUGAAACCUUCAGCCCUGCCCUGUGGAAGUUGUUGGUGAUGUCACUGACUGUUGUUUUUGGGUUUUUCUUCACAGCUCUCACAAUGUUUCUGUCAUCAUUGUUUUCCUUGGCCUACCUGUUCCAUGUCUGCUUGUUAGUACACCAGUGGUUUCUUUCUUUUUCAGGACAUUCCAGAUUGUUGUAUUGGCUCUGCCCAAUGCUUGUGCAAUGUAUCUAAUAGAUUUUCCCACUUUUCUCAGCUUUAGAAUGGCUUGCUUUUCUCCCAUAGACAGCUCUCUGGUCUUCAUGUUGGUUUAUGCUUUUUUAACAACAGAUGCAGUCUUCACAGGUGAAACCCAGGGCUCAGACCAAGAGCAGAUUUUUAGAGCUAUUAAUUGUUUAAACAAUCAAUCUAACAGGACACACCUGGGCAACAAGAAACACCUGUCAGUCACAUGUUCCAAUAUUUUUGAUCACUUGAACAAAUGAGUGGGCUCAAACAAAAGGUGCCAUGUUCUAAGUUGUUUAACAUGUCUAGAUGUAGAUAUCGGGAAAUGAAAGUUGAAAUUCUGAUGUAUUGUCUCAUAUUCAUCUUUGGAUCUCAAACCCAAAUGUCUUCAGUGUAUAGCAAAAACAAAAAGAAUUGGUCUUGCUGUUCCAAUACUUUUGGAGGAGACUGUGUGUAGCUUUAACCUGAUAGCUAUGUAAUUUAGCUUGCUCUUUGCUACAAGAGGAAACUCUGUUUAAAAAGCUGAGUUGUUUGUUUAAAUUCAGUGUGAAAAUGUAUUAUCAGGACAUGCCUAUUUGCCACAUAUCGCCUGUAUAAGAUGAAUUAACCAUCUUCUGUAAAUAUAUGGAAUAUAUGUAUGUAAGAAUAAAAAAAAGA